CGGGACGCCGGGGUCGCCCUCAGGGGUGACAUGGCGGCGGGUAGCAGGGGGCAGCCACCCCCGCAGGAGGACGCGGCCGCCCCGCUCCUCGCUCCCCGCCCUACCCCCCCUUCCCGAGGGGCUGCCGGGCCAGGCGGCAUUGUUGGCCGCGUCCAUCACUCCCCGGCCCGGCUGACAUAAUGAAUGCGCUUGGACACACCUUCCAGCCCGGCGGAGAGGCGCGGCGUGCCUCCCCCGAGCGCUCCGCUCCCCGCAGCCCUCCCGGCCCCACUGCCCGGCGCCCCGUCCCAGCCCAGUGAGGGGCCGCGGCCGGGCCGGGGCGGGCCGGGGCGGGCUGCCCUCGCUAUGCUGCCCAGCGCUCUGUACUGGGACCUGGUGGGCUCCUCGGCGCUGCUCAACCUGCCGGCGGCGCCGGGCUUCGGCAGCCUGGGCAAAAGUUUCCUCAUCGAGAACUUGCUGCGAGCCGGCGCUCCGCAGAGCCCUGCCCAGCUCCGUCCCCUCCCCGCCAGCCCCGUCCCCCUCAAGCUGUGCCCCGCGGCGGAACAAAUCAGCCCCUCGGGGGGUCCCUAUCCGACCAGAUGGGCUUUCCAAGUGCUUAACCCCUCGGCGGCGGACGGCGGCCGCCUGGCAGCACGGGCUCCGGCUGCGGAUAGAUGCGGCGUCUUCCCGACGGCGGCCACAGCUCUUUCCAAACACUUUUUUCUCCGAGCCCCGCCAUUCUACUCAGCAUGCUGCGGUGGGUCCUGUCAGCACCCUGCAUCCCCCACUGCUUUUCCAAGAGAGGAAAGUGUCCUGCCUCUUCUGACCCAGGAAUCUAACUCCAAAGCCCGGAGAGGUAUAUUAAGAAGAGCUGUCUUUUCUGAAGACCAGAGGAAGGCUUUGGAGAAAAUGUUUCAGAAGCAGAAGUAUAUCAGUAAAACAGACAGGAAGAAACUGGCCAUUAACCUGGGCCUAAAGGAGUCUCAGGUGAAAAUUUGGUUUCAGAAUCGAAGGAUGAAGUGGCGAAACUCCAAAGAGAAAGAAGUGCUUUCCAACAGGUGCCUCCAAGAAGGUCUUCAGGAAAACUACCUCUCACAGUCCGCCAUGAAUUUUGCCUCCCCAUAUCCCUCUGUGUGGGAAGUGUCUCAGGAGCAGACAAGUCCAAGGUGGAUGGAGAAGUCUCCAGGAAAUGCUGAAAGACUGACUAGUACACAACCACCUCCAAGAGCAAACUCAUCACAGAGCCCACUGUAUUUGUAUCCUGACCAUGACGCUGCAAAUAAGGCAGUUACAUCAUCAGACUAAGAAUGUAGGGCCAGUUUGUAAAUUGAGUGGAGAGUACAGGCUUCAAAUGAGGGGUCUUCUAAGACUAACAAUAUUUGGACACUGUAAAGCUAACUAGUUAUGCCUCCUGAAUUUGGUAAAGUCUAACACCAUUAAAAUGACGACUAAUGAUUUAAGAAAUAUUUUUCAAUACUCAGUCUUUUCAUGUCUUUUUUUUCCAGUCUUGUAAUGACCUUAAAUGUGAAAUAGAAAUUGAUGGUAAGUAAAGCAAAGUGAAGAGCAUGAAGCUGAAGUUUUGCUCUGAGUUAAACAUCUGCACUGUGUAUAGAUUUUCAUUAAAACACACUGAUAGAAAACCACUUCUAUCUCUCACUGCAUUUAGACCAAGCCAUUUAUUUUAUGCAUGAGAUGAGAAUAACCCUGUUUCCCUGAAGACAAUAAGUUGCUUUUGGUUCUUUUUGAGAUUGAUUAUAUGACACAGUAGGUGUCAUAUGUAGACAUAUGUAAGCACUUUUAGUAUGUUUCUGCCAUCAGUCCUCACCUGUAUCAGUAUCCAGCUAGUUGUAAAUAAUGCAGUUGCACAUCAGCUGAUGACCAUAGUACAGUAUGCAAUAAAAAGACAAACAGCCAAUAAAAUGGACUGUGUUUAAACCA